AUGGAAUAUCGAUAUCUUAAUAAUCUAGACUUUUCACAAGAACUAAAGGUUGAAGGAUUCAGUCUUUUUUCAGCAAUUUGCUAGAUUUAAAAAAAAUAAAAAAUAAAUACAUUUGCUAUUGGGGAUUUUAGGUCAUUGGUAAAAGUUGAUGAUGGAAAAGAACUUACUUUGAUAAUCGACAUUCAUAAGAAAUAUGUAAUUCAAUAAUUUUCAAAUCAAUAUAAACUAUACAUGUAUCCUAUCAAAUAGUAUAAUGAUAAAAGCUACCCGUUGGUAUUUGGAAAGGAUUGA